AUGCGGGCAGCAACCCGGCUGGUGGUACAAAUACACAUACCGCAAGGAUCGAAACACCGGAAUAUGGGCCAUGGAUUCAGGUACCACAAAGAUCGCGAUCAUAUACGAGACGCGACAAGGGGCCAGACCAGACCUCAGCUGCUCAUCAGGAACGUUCAAAAUAUGGGACAGGAUUGGGUUCUCGAAAAGGAGGCCCCACAGGAAGCUGUGCCUACUUUUGAAUCUGGCGGGCCAUCAUCGCUCCCCGAUCAGACCAAGAAUGCGCGAAGUGAGGGGAUCGAGGGGGAGCGUGGAUGGAAUACAGUCUCGAGAAGACAUAUGAACAAAGGAAAAGCGCAGAUGACGGUUACAAAUCAUGGAAAAGACCAAGUAGCACGUAAAGAGGCAACCACUGGGGAUAAACAGAUGUUGGAGCGUGAAGGAACCCAAAGCCACAACCUUGAGCGGGUCUCAUCCAUUGGAACGAAAUUGUAUACAACUCAGAUCAAGAAAGAAUUAUACACUGGCAAGCCGCCGGAUGGUUUGCAUUUGAUAGAUGGCCCUUUCUCCGACUCGAACUCUUCCUAUAGGGCUGGGCUCUCACUAUCGACGGCAAGCAACCUAAAGGUGCUGCUUGGUGUACCAUCCAUUGGUCGGAGAACCUAUGCUGGCGAUAGACUCGGCGAAGUCAGAAUUUGUGUAGAAGAAAGGUGUAGCGGCCCGUCCAUUCUUUUAAGUCCGGGCGAAAGGAACGAACUGCUCGAGAGCAACUGCCUUUGUUUACUUGGUGGAUGGGAUGUCGAGUAG